GUACUGUUGCUUGGACAUGUUUCGUUAUAGGAUUGAUUUCAGUAAUUAAAUAUUAAUGUUAUAAAAAUGAAGUCUAAUCAGCUAAAAUGAUAAGAUUGUUAUUUGAGACUGUUAUAUUCACAUCCGUCGACAAACUUAGGGCUGUCCUGGGAAUUCGAGGAGUGUCGGGAGCGAUAAGACAUUACAGCGCCAUUACGCAGUCACUUCGGCAUACUCCACUGGACAUCGACACGUCAUGUGGAAGAUAGCUUUUCUUUUUCUUUCCGUAGCUGCGGUUCUCGCAGAAAGGAAACGAUACGAUGGGCAUAAGCUGUUGCGUAUUACGCCAACGACGCAGGAAGAUCUAGACGCUGCAACCAAAUUCAUCGAUCAACGCCAAAGUGAGCUCGACUUCUGGAAACUCCCCCGGGGUGUUUCUGACAACGCAGAUCUGAGGGUUUCCCCCGAAGAGUAUGACACCGUAGCAGAGCAACUCCGUGCGGCGGGAGUCAACUUCAAUGUCAUCCAGGAGAACCUCCAAGAUCGCAUAGAUGAAGACUACGAACGUCUCUCCAAUAAAGCCGGCAAGCAGCCAAUCGAUCUGGAGGACUUCAAUAGACAUGGAGACAUCAACACUUGGCUCACCAACCAGGCUGCUUCAUGCACUGGAGGUGUGCAGUGCACGACUUACGACAUCGGCAACUCAUAUGAGGGUAGAACUAUGAGAGUUAUAAGGAUUGGAAUAAACAGUUCCGAUCAGAAGCCUGCUAUUUGGGUAGAUGCUGGAAUACACGCCAGAGAGUGGAUAUCCCCAUCAACUGCCAUCUAUUUUAUUAAUCAGCUGAUUAACAAUGCAGCUGAUGCCACUGUCAGACAAGUCUUGGAGAGAUUUGAUUGGUUUAUCCUUCCCCUACACAACCCUGAUGGUUAUGAAUACACACACACAAAUGAGAGACUUUGGCGUAAGACAAGGACACCCACUGAUCCAGUUUGGGAUUGCUAUGGUGCUGACCCGAACAGGAACUUCGGAUAUCAAUGGGGAGGUGAUGGUGCGAGUCCCGAGCCAUGUAGUGACACCUAUAGAGGCGAUUCUGCUUUCUCAGAACCCUGUGCCCAGCGAGUACGUGAUUUCGUUACUCCGAGAGCCAAUCAAUUCCGAGCUUUCGUGACGAUGCAUUCCUAUGGACAGUGGUGGUUCACACCCUGGGGCUACACUGCCAACGAAGUGCCUAGAGAUUAUGACGAUCAGGCCGCAGUUGGUGAAGUUGUAGCUGACGCAAUAUUUGCUGUUAAUGGUAGAUCAUACACUGUGGGACCAUCCUCUAUUCUUCUUUAUAAAAACAGCGGGGCUUCGGAUGACUGGGCUUACGGUGAACUGGGUAUAAAGUACACAUACUCCCCAGAACUACCUGCCCUUCACCAUGGCUUUACCAUUCCCAAGCAAUACAUUACACCCAUAGGCAAAGAGACAUGGGAAGGCAUGAAGGCCAUGGCCAAUGAAAUACAUAAACGAAUAAAAAAAGACGACCUUUCAACGAUUGUUAAAAAGCUCGGUGGUUAUUUAUGAGACUGGUAAUUACUUCUGUACCCCAGAAGACACGAUCUAGGAGCUGCAGAGCAAAUAAAUAUCAUAUGCAGAUGUGACAGAUACGACAGUUGUUACCCUAAGUGCCUCAUUUAUAAAUGCAUAUAUGUCUAUUCCCCUUGUUGGAGAAAUAUUUUAGUAAAUAAUGUCUCACAAGGCAAUUCUCUCCGAAUCAUGAUUAUGGUCUACUUAGUUUUUAAGUACUCCUAAAAAGUAUUUAUCAAUGGUGACAGCGUAAUCAGAUCAUAAUCAGAAAGCACACGCAGAAGCAACGUAUUCCCAGAUAAACACCGUACAUCUUGCUUUGAUUCAUUUUCACACGUAGCUAGGCAAGCCCUGGACUCAGUGAAAUAUGGACUAAAUCAUUCCUCAAAUGGGUGUUAUUUCAGUAGUAGAAUGAAUCAGCCACAAUUCGGCUUUAAUCAUUUUCGCACAUUACAAAAUAUAUCACCAAAGAAAUAUGAAAUCACUAAAACAUAUUUUCAAUGAAACCUUUUGCAAGGGUCAAGUUGACAAAGCAUCAAAUUCAAUCUGUAGAGUCAAGUUGUCACCUUGACAACCAUUCAAUGAAUGACCUUGGGUGGAUUGUUGGUUAUAUAAUGCAGUGUAGUUAUAUGAAAUACUGUGUUCGGAUUAGCUGGAAUCGGACAGGUCUUGCCUAGCUAUGAGUGAAUAAA